AAAGCCUCUCUCGCUUAUUUCUUCCAAAAUGCAACUUGUGAGGUCAGAGUAUAGGUUCUCAUUCGUUUUAAGCUCUCUCCAUAUGCCAAACUAGAAGAGCCAUAUCCCAUUUCACUUUCCUUAGCCAAAAUGCUCACAAGGCUCCACAAUCUCAAGCUCCAUUCAAAAACCCACAUCAAUGCCCUGCGUUACUUCUUAAACCCUCUAUGCACCACAACCGAGGUCGCCGAGUCACCGGACCUUCCAAGCUGGGUAAAGUUCUUCGACACCAACCACCCAAAACACGCAGCUUCCGACGACGACGACUUCGUCAUCCCUUCACUGGCCAAUUGGGUCGAAACCCACAACCUAAACCACCCCACCAAACCUCCCAAGCCCUCAACUUCCGACACCGACGACCUCGAAAGCAUCAGUAGAAUCUUGAAAGUCCGGUACCCAUCGCCGGAAAAUGCAGCUGAAGCGUUGGAAAGGUACGAUUUUGAGGUGUCAAACGGUUUGGUGCAACGGGUUUUGAUGAGGUUUAGCAAUGAUUGGGUCCCGGCGUUGGGGUUUUUCACUUGGGCAAAACGUCGAACAGGUUAUAGGCAUCUUCCUGAGGCCUAUAACUCCAUGGUUGAUGUCUUGGGAAAGUCCAAGAAUUUUGACCUUAUGUGGGAUUUUGUUGAGGAAAUGGAUCAAAUUGGAGAUGGGUAUGUGACGUUGGAGACAAUGACUAAGGUGUUUAGGAGACUUGCAAAGGCUGGUAAGCACCAAGAGGCAAUCGAGGCGUUUCGGGGCAUGGAGCGGUUUGGAUUGAGCAAAGAUGUUGUGGCAUUGAACACUCUGAUGAAUGCAUUGGUGAAGGAGAGAAGCGUUGAGCUUGCCCAAGAAGCUUUCUUGGAGUUUAAGGAAUCUAUACCUGUGAAUUCUCACAGCUUUAAUGUUUUGAUACAUGGGUGGUGUAAGAAUAGGAAGUUAGAUAUUGCUAGGAACACAAUGGAGGAGAUGGAGAGACACGGGUUUCACCCCGAUGUUUUCUCUUAUACUUGUUUGGUUGAGGCCUAUUGUACUGACAAGGAUUUUCGCAAAGUUGAUGAAGUUCUUAGUGAAAUGAAGGGCAAGGCUUGCGAGCCGAAUGCUGUGACAUACACUAUCGUAAUGCAUGCUUUGGGGAAGGCGAGGGAGAUAACCAAGGCUUUGGAGGUUUAUGAGUUGAUGAAAGGGAAUGGUGUUGUUCCUGAUGUUUCGUUUUACAGCUCUUUGAUUUACAUUCUUGGUAAAGCCGGCAGGCUUAAGGAUGUUCAAGAAGUGGUUGAGGACAUGACAAAGCAUGGUGUAAAACCGGACGCUAUGACCUAUAACACCCUGAUUUCUUGUGCUUGCGAGCAUUCGCAGGAAGAGGCUGCUCUCAAGUUGCUGAAGAAAAUGGAGGAGGAUUCAUGCAAGCCGGAUGUUCAGACAUACGCCCCGUUGUUGAAGAUGUGCUGCAGAAAGAAGAGGAUGAAGGUGCUCUACUUUUUGUUAGACCACAUGUUUAAGAAUGACAUUAGUAUCGACGCUGGAACCUACGCGCUCUUGGUACGUGGGAUGUGCAAGAAUGGUAAACUCGAAAACGCUUGCUCCUUCUUUGAGGAGAUGGUAUUGAAGAGUUUUGUUCCCAAGGACAGCACAUACAAGAUGUUGAUAGAGGAAUUGCAGGGGAAGAGUAUGGAGAAAGAGAAGAAACAUAUUGAGAAGUUGAUGUUGCAGGCUAAGGAGCAAGGGAACGUAUAAUGAACCCUUCCUGAACAUCUGGUGUUGAAGAUGGGUAAUGAAUAAUGGUUUGGUAGUUUGCAAAUUCAUAUCUUUUCUGUAACAGUUAUACCUUUGGAAUGAAAUCAAAUUUUGAUUGAGUUAGAGACCAUGGCAUCUCAUUUUGAUCAAAUAUCAAAGACACACUCCAUUCCCGAAGAAUUCCCAAGACAUUGAUUUUAACAGGAAUAUAGUGCAUAUACAGCAAUUUGUUAGUAAAUUGGUCUGUUAUUUUCAUCUCGGUUAAUCUAAAAUGUUGUUGUCUGAUGAGAACCAUGUCAUAUUUCGCCUUUAUGCAGAAGCAAAAAAGAAAAGAAAUCAGUUCAUACCAUAACAGAAUACGAGCUCUGGACACAAAGAGACUUGUACAGGACUACAGGGGAAGAAGAAAACUCUUCCACUACUUUGAUUACACUGCUGUCACCCAUGUUGUAUACAACAAGAACAAUAGAAUGAUUACGAUUAGUAGUAAUUACAAUUUG